UCACUUUGACCAUCCACUGCACAUUGCUUCCGCUUCCGCAAGACGCAAGCACUCAUACCGACAUGGCCACAACACGUUGACCGAACUUGAGCGUAAUUGGUAAAAUCAUUUGUAAUAUAGCUGUUUAAGCUGGAGAUAUGGCGCAUAAAGAAAAGGGCGGCUCGGAGGCGAAGACCGUGGACGCAGACGCAAUCUUCAGGAUUUUCACAGCUUGCCAGGGCGACAUCCCCACGAUUGUCAUAGACACUCGGGCGCAGAAGGAGUUCAAGGUGUCCCACAUAUGCGGCGCGUUCUGCGUCCGACUCAGCGCCAACGGGCAGGUCCUGGCGGACUACUCCUCAUCCAGCUACAACAUCAAGUGGAGCCAGGACUGCUGGUGGGGCCGUAACGUGCUUGUGUACGGCGAGCCGGGCCUCAAGAAGGACCACCCUGUGAUCGCCUUCCUGUCGCGCCAGGGCAAGUGCCGCAACCUGCGCUACUACAAGGAUGGGUUUGAGGCCUUCGCCAAGGCGUACCCCUACCUGUGCACCACCUCCCUCAAGUCCAUUUGCAUUAAGCGCUACCCCAGCCAGAUCCUGCCGGGGCAGUUGUACCUAGGUGACUGGGAGCACGCCGCGGACAACGAGCGGCUGGCAGAGAUGGGCAUAAGGAGGAUCCUGACCAUCCACAACCACCCCGAGAACCUCCGGCCGCCGGCCGGCAUCAAGCACCUGCGGCAACAGCUACCGGACAUCGAGGACGCGGACAUCUCCGCCUACUUCUCUGAGGCGUUUGACUUCAUUGACGAGGGGAGAGAGCGCAAGCAACCUGUGCUGGUGCACUGCGGCGCGGGCGUAAGCCGUAGCGCCACCCUGGUCAUGAUGUACCUCAUGCGCCGCAACAGCUGGUCGGCGGCCCGGGCGCGCGGCUACGUGGUGGAGCGGCGCAGUGUGGUGUGCAUCAACGACGGCUUCUACAUGACCCUAUGCGCCCUGGAGCCGCAGCUGGGCAUCGCGGAGCGGAGCGACCCCAACGCCACAUUCGGGUUCCGUGGCGCCGAUGCACCCGAGCCGCAGCAGAUCAAGGUGGUGCUGAGUGAAGACGCGGCGGGGCAGAAGGUGCCGGUGCGCCUGCUGGCAGCCAAGGAGGCGGCGCAGGCGGCGGAGGCGGACAAGGCCGGCGCGGCGGGGGCCAAGCGGCCGCGGGAGGGUGGCGAGGGCGGCGAUACCCUGGCAGCCAAGCGCAGCCGACCGGGCGAGCCGGCGUCCGCCGCAGGCGGCGCGGGUGCGUUCACACUGGUGUUCGAUGUGGUGAAGCCGGAAGGGCUGGUGGGGCGGCUGGAGGCGGGGCCCAUGCGGCCCAGCCAGCGCCUGCUGCUGGGCCGCCAGCCGGGCGUGUGCGAUGUGGUGCUGGAGCACGCAUCCAUCAGCAGGCAGCACGCGGCGUUGAGUGUGGACCGGGCCGGUGCGGCUUUCGUGACAGACCUGCAGAGCGCCCAUGGCACCAAGGUGGCGGACACCUGGAUCAAGCCCAACGCGCCGCGGCAGCUGACCCCGGGGACGGUGGUCAGCUUCGGCGCCAGCACGCGAGCCUACAAGUUGGUCCGCGUCAGCAAGGCGGACUAGGAGCGUGGUGGGCCGAGUGGCCGAGUACGGUACCAGCGGACGAGGGCACGAGGGUGGCGACGGCACCACCACUGGCAGGAACAAGGAACAGGCUAGGGACACUUGUAGGGACAGGGCGGUGUUUGGACAGGCUAGGUCCCAUGGCCGGUGCCGAGGUGUCUUGUGAGUAUGCGUGCGCGCAGAGCAGGUAGCUUGGGCAGGACUUUGCAACAGUCCGCCAGGCCCGAAUCUCCGCAUGUUGCGGGGUUGGCAGGGCGGGGCUUGCGGCGGAGGCGCUGUGCACAUGCGUGUGGGCCAGCUGGCAGCCGACGUCGUGCGUGACAACUGGGGCCAUGGCCAAGUACAUUCAGGACACAGUGUUGCUGAGGUGUUGCAGGGGGGCGCGACGGCGUUGACAAGUUGCGCGUUUGACGGAAUGUCUGACAUUGUGAAUGGUGUGCACGGGGUGACCGGCGUGAGGGAAGCGGAAUAAUUCGG